AUGGCAGUCACACUUCCAGAACGCCGUCCGCGAUGGGCCAGCAUUUCUGAAGACGAUGAUCUGACUGCAUACACUUUUCCAAAGGCAGCCCUGACUCCUCCGCCAACAGUGCCGGAGGCCACCUUCGAAUCAAAGCCGGACCCAAAGCCUACCUGGCCAGGCUCGCAAAGUGAGUCUGAAGACGAUGUAGAAGGUGGUUCAGGGAAGCAAUUCACCAGGAGGUAUUCAUGGAGUGAAUAUCCAACAACGCCACUUUUCUUGGAGACUGCGGCCAACAAGCCCAACGCACCUGGUACUGAGCCGCGCAUUGGAAUCGAUAUUGGAGGAGUCCUCACCCGAGAAGGUGAUCCCAGGUACAGGGGAUCUUAUGAUGAGUGGGAUGCUAGCUGGGAGGCAGAUGGAGCAUUGGAUGCCGUGAAAAAGAUCACCCAAGUCUUCGGACCAUCUAACACCUUUCUUGUCAGCAAGGUUCGACCUGGUGGACGUAUGCAUCGGAGAAUGGAAUUGUGGCUCCAUGAGACAAUCAACUUCUGUGAGGUGACGGGCCUCCCAAAGGAAAACAUAAUUUUCGUUCGGACAGUGGAUGGGCCUACGGGGAAGGGAGUUGCCUGUCAAAAGCUUGGCAUUUCCCACUUUGUCGAUGACAAAAUUGAGGUCCUCCAGUCGGUCUUUGAUGAUGAGGCUGGCAACAGUCGCAUUUUGGUUGAGCGCCAUCAGGGGCUGCUGUUCCACUUCUCCAAAGGAGGUUACUCACAGGUCCCACCGACAACUGACACAAGCCAGUUGUCUCCAAUCAUGCGACGACACUACAGGUCGGCUGCAAACUGGACACAGGUGGUGGAGCAGCUGCGUGAAAAAUUGCCAGGGCAGCUCUACUCGCGCAGGGACUUGCUGACACCUCCAAUUAUCAGGCAACACCAGCCAGGACCAUCAAGGGUUGAAACAAGACCACCUGGGCCAUGGGAGAAGGGCGCCAUGCAAAGCACCACAAAUCCAGCGGCUGCGCUUCAGUGGUCCGAGGGGCGGCCCAAGUUGGUUCUGAAACCUCGCAGUGCACAAGCAGCCGGGGCCGCGGUAUCAGCCGUGCCUGUUUCCAAAGCUCCAGCAGCUGCACAGGUGCCUGUUUCCAAAGCUCCAGCAGCUACACAGCCGAAGCCCGAAGCCAAACCCCAGCCUGCACCGAAAGCACAACCAGACGUUUCGGCGGCCACCAUAGCUCCACGUCCACAGCCAAUUUCGACAGAUGGACCGCCAACCCCUCCAACCUGGACACAGGUCGUGACACAAGGUCCUGUGACAAUGAGACCACGGGCAAACACAGCUCCCGGAAGCCCCACGGCAAUAACAAUGGCUCCCAGGCCUUGCAAUGGACCAUGUCAUGGACAGGUCAAUGGACAGGUCAUCCAACAAGUCCCAACCAUGGGAGCACAACAGCGAGCUUGCUCCCCACCAUCAACUGUUGUGGUGACUGGCAUUGGUUCUGUUCAAUCAGCCGUGCAGGCUGGCGCUGUGUCGCCAAGUGGACGUCCCAAGCUCCAACUGAAGCCCAGAGAUCCCAGGCUUGGACCUCCAGGACGGUCACAAGCGACAGUCGCACCAACUGCAGCAGAGCAACCACCCGCAGAGCCACAGCCAGUGCAACCACAGCAACCACAGCAGCCGCAGCCGGCCCAACCAGCACUGCAGCCUGACCCUGCAGGGGGCAGACCGAGGUUGGUUCUGAAGAAGCGCACUGAUCCAGCACCAGUGCCGUCUGCAGCUCCAACGGUGGCAUCAGCAUCCGCAGUACGGGUGUCAUCACCUCCGCGAGUAGUGCCAAAAGCUGCUCAGACUUCCCCAGUGAUGCGACCGGCUGCAACUCCGGCGAAACAGGCUCCACCAAAUCCAGUACCAGUGGAUGUCCAACUUCCAUCUGCUGGGUCUUGCCCCAAAGCAGCACCUGCGCUGCAGAAGGAUCCUGCCGGCGGAAGGCCACGAUUAGUGCUGAAGCCAAGAACUUCGGUCUCAUCAACGAGUUAG